ACGUAUGUCUGAACAUAUGUUCCGGCAAAUCUAGGUUGACUUCGAGGCUCGGCCCUUUUGCACGGAAGAGUUGUUUUUUUUCUGUUUUUGUUUUGUUGACGUCGACCCAGGGAUCGCGAACUGUUACCAGGGACCGUUUUCCAGGAUCGGCCGUUCGUCGGGAAAGGCAAACGAAGGGGAAGAAAGGCUGGCCGCCCGACUCGUGUUAGUGUACAAAUCAUCGGACGAAUUGGUUUUGAGAAGGACAACAAACCGUCCCCGAGUACGGUAGGAGGGAGUGCUGUGUUUAUUUCAAACUGCAGCUUGACGCGGAUCUGGUGCACACCCUCGUCUCCAUCUACCCGGAGUGGUUCGGAGAGAAGGCUCCAGCGAUGGAGCCAUCUCCAGGAGUCGACGAGUCCCCUCUCCAUUCCCACAUGGAUAAGAAUAAAGAAUCAUUGAAGGUGAAGCUGAUGCUGAGGAGGCCGAUCAAUCAGCUCGUCGCCCAAGGAAUAAUGCCUCCUCUCAAGACGCCACCCGGCUUCCACGAACAACGGCAGAAGUUGGAGCGUGCCAAGAUGGGCGACCUGCUCAAGGCCAAGAUACAGCAGAGGCCGGACCGUGAGGAGUUGGUGAGACAGCACAUCCUUGAGGAUGUCGGGCACGUUGACCCUUCGCUCGCGGAACGCCAGCGCAUGCUGAAGAAAUGCCGGCUUGCGGAUUCGCUCAACGAUCAGCUGUCGCAUCGUCCCGGUCCGUUGGAGCUCAUCAAGAAGAACAUCCUACACACUGAAGAACCCAUCGAAAGAGCCAUCAAAGAGGGAGCGCUGGAGUUUAAGGCUACGAGUGAAGGUACGGCCACAAAACCGACUCAUCCGGAUCAUUAUAUGCUGGAUGAAGACUCAGGAGGAUCUCUGUCUCCACCACCUUCUUCAACUUCUGUGCAAAACUCACCAGCAACACCCCAGCCUGCACCUACGCCCGUGGUGAUAGCAGCCGCACCGGCAUCAGAUGAGACACUGGUGACGUCGAGUACGUCCUCCCCGAUGACGAACCUUGUCACGGUGCUCCUCCCGCCGAACACGGCAUUCACCCUCCCUGCCGCUGCGGUACCUUCGUUUCGCCAGGCGACAGUCCAGCAGAACGGCCAGCAGGCGUCACAGGUCUCCUCGUCGUCUCUCAAGGACAAGGCGAGGAAGAAGUCCAAAUCAAAGGUGUUGCCGAAGGCCCGCACGAUCAAAUUCCAUGAAUACAAGGGGCCGCCCAAUGCCCAGAAGAAUUCCCAGCAGAGCUCCUCGUCGAUCGAAACCUCGUACGAGCUGUUGCUCCAGCAGCAGCAGCUGUUCCUACAGUGGCAGCUCGAAUGGCAGCACAAGUACCCGCAGAUACUCCUGCCCGCGUCGCAGAAGCCCGUUGCAUCGCCUUCGAGCAGCAGCAACGGGGGGAGUAGUAUCGACAUGUCCCCCGCCCCUCCUCCUCCACCACCUCCCUUGCCUCACAACAGCCCUCCUCCUCCACUCAGGAACCUUGAGGACAUGAAAGUGAGUGAUCUCAAAGCUGAAUUGAAAAGGAGGAACUUGCCCGUCUCCGGUGCCAAGCCGCAGCUGAUCGAGCGUCUCAAGCCUUUCAGCGAGUCCGCCAAUGGCACAUCCUCCGUCACCUCCACUGUGCAAAGCUCAUCUCAAGAAGACUCAGUACCUUCAGUUUGCAGCGUCACGUCAUCAGGUCAGGUAAAUUCGACGAUCGUAAUGGACACGACUGAAUCUCCCGUCAGCCCACCGUCGCCGGCCUCGAUUGGCCGCGUUUCACCCAAGACUACGCAGACCCAAGAGGAGGAGAUCAUCAAAGAGCAGCAGCGCAAAAUCGACCAGCUGGAACGGCAGCUGAGUCACCACAUCCAAAACAAUACAUUCCAGCAGCAAACAGUGACAAACGCCAAAGCGAACCUAGCUGCUUUCCUCCAGCAACAACAGCUCAAUCAUCAGCAGCAACAGCUCCAGCAGCAGAUCAUCGCUAACAACAACAAUAACAACAUUAUCAAAAUGGAAAAGACUGAAGACAACAGAACUGUCUCCCUGCCAAACUUCAUUGGCACAUUUAUGACAAAUGGACUGAGCGAUUUAGUAUCAUCGGACGAUAUCUUUGACGCACAUCCGAGCAAGUUUGACGUCAAAACGGAAAACAAACAGGCACCACUCGAACAGGAUGUUAAAUCGCAGAUAGUCGACGACGUUCUCGAGAUCCUGAUCAAAAACGGCGAACUGCCAGCGUCGGCCGCCGCCGAACCGCUCGAGCUGUCAUCACUCCAGAUGGAGGGAAUGGACGUCGACCAGGACCUUAUGGAGAUAGACACCGACUGGCUCGAUUCGCUCAUCUCCGGCGGGAACGGCGGCUGCACUACAGGCCAGGGAGACCCGUUCCUAGGCGGGCCGCCGUCGCCGCAGACCGGAUUCGACCUCUUCAUCGACGACCCGGAAUUCAAGGUGGUCCAUUCCAACCCAGACUGGGACCGAAUCGAUUUUGCCAUUUAACACCAACGACCCAAAUGUCAAAUCGUCAACAAUAAUCAUUAUAAUUUAGUUAAUUUUAUUAAGGACAUUUAUUUUUCCUGGCUUCCAUGCUUUAUAGGUGUUUAUGUAAAUAAUUUUUUUUUUUUAAUCUAAAGUUUCUAAAUAAAAACUGUUUUUUUUUUUUUUCUUUUUUUAAAAAUAAAUAUAAGCUAUCUUGCAAAUUUUCAAGCAAGGCAGGCGCUCAAAAAUAUUUUUAAAAAAUAAAACAAUUUUGGAUUGUAUAUUUGAAAUUUUGUAAAUAUGAAUUUAUUAUUUAUAAGGAAAAUAAUUUUUAAAAAAACAAGCCUUAGGUUAAUUAAUAAUCAAAAAUACACAAUAUAUAAAUAUAUCGGAUAUAGAUUUUUUUUUUAAAUUUGUAAAUCCACUUAUACGUAUGAACGGUUUAAAAAAAAUUCUAUUAAAUGAGAUUAACAAUAAUUGCAACGAAAGUGAAUUUAGUAUAGUUUUUGUUUAAAAAAAAGAAAAACUGCUCAUCGGACGUUCCAAGUUUCUCGUUAAUUAUUUUAUAGUGAAAAACAUCCCGUACCAGCCCUCGUUCACCGCCGGCCACCGCGUACGUAUCACAAACAUUCCAAAGGCCUAACUCAUAUUCUUCCUCCGGUUUUCCUCUUUUUUUUUUUUUUUUUUAAACUUCAUCAUACGCGAA